AUGAAAAUCUGCAGUCACCUAGUGGAGGAUUUGUCUGUUUCAGGCAUCACAGGAAGCACAGUGGUGGAUCUGCAGAAGAGAAUCAUUGGAGGUCAACCAUGUGAGCGCCAGUACCACGUCAAACUUAAAAGAGUUGCUGCUGGUGGAUCAUCCAACAUGUGUGGCGGCUCUCUGAUCAGUGACCGGUGGAUUUUGACUGCAGCGCACUGUUUGAAGCCAGGAAGAACUAUGUUUGCAGGUUUAGGUGUGCAUCCAGAGGGUCUAGCACAAGAAGUGCAAAUCACAGCAGAACCAGUGAUCUAUGCAGACAAAGACAACAGGUUCCAUGAUAUCAUGCUGCUGCAGCUACCUGAGCCCACUAAGAUUCAACCUGUAGCUCUUCCUGACUGUGAAUAUUAUCCUAAAAUGGUUGAGAUUGCAGGUCACGCUGCCACUAGUGGAGGCCCAAAUAAAGAAAGAAGUGAGAUGAGUUUUGAUAAUUGA